AUGGCGGACGAAGCCCUCGAAGCCGUCGGAGCGCCGUCGACCCCAGCGUCGGCCGCCGACAUCAAGAGUUUCAAGGAGCACGUGGCCGUCAGAAAGGUUUACCGCGCGAGAUUCACAAAGAAGAUCAACGAGUUAGGGAAGGCGAUGAGCCAGCUGAAGACGGUGGACGAGAAGAAGGAGAAAGCCGAACGAGAGCGGCAGCACAUUGAGAAAAUCUACGAGCAGAUCAAAGAAGAGGACAAGGCGAUAGCCCCCCUCCUGCUCAUAUGCUCGCCAGAGCAAUUCGACGGCGCAAUGGAGCGCGCGCUCGCCUACGAGGAGGAAUACUACAGGUUGUUCCUGGACAUCAAGGAAGCGAGAGCAAAAGCAGCUGCAGUGCCGGGGACGGCGGCAGCCACGGCAGCUUCAGAUUCGUUAGCCCUGCCAUCAGCAUCGGUGUCCAGCACUGCGUAUUCAAACGCGAUGACGCGCUACUUCAAAGUGCCAAAAUUCUCGGAUAAUUACAAAAAAUUUCGAGAAUGGUGGCAGAUGUUCGACGCACACGUACACAAGAAGAACAUCGAUCCAGUCGAGAAGUACGCCAUCCUGAAGCAAUCCUUGGAAGGCCAGGCGGCUGCCGAGAUUGCGCACCUGGAAUUCACGGCGGAUCAAUAUCAAGUGGCGAUGGAUGCGAUCGCAAAGAAGUUCGGUUCAGCCAGGAUGGCAGAGAGAGAGCAUGUCCAGCAGCUACAGAAACUCUUCCAGUCCAGGGACCUCCACGUGAACGAUAAGUUCGUAAAGUUCGUCAGUUCGUUGUCUCAGAAUGUCAAAGCGCUAAUAUCCUUAGGGAAAACUUACGAGUCGCUCUCGCUGUGGGUAACGCCCAGCGUUCUCAGUACGCUUCCCGUACAAAUGGGAGAAAACUUCAAACGAUUAAAUUUCGAAGCGCUAGAUGGGGCAAACUCAGACAACGUCCUGAAACUUCUCCUAGAAUACCUAGAUAAGGAAGUCACGAUUAAGAGGGACUCGAGACCUUCCGAUCCACAGAGACCAGGCACUUAUCGAAGCGCAAAUCAGAGUAGGGAUUUCAGCAGUAGCAAUUCGAGCAGGCAGCCAGCAGGUGGAUCGGGAGGUUGGUUCAGUAGGAGAAACGAGACCACUCGGAGCAACGUGGCUUUCCUCACGCAGAGCUCGACGGUAGAUCACUCCUGUGUAUUUUGUUCGAGCUCUAAACAUGAGAGCAAAGAUUGCAAGAAGCCCUUAUCCUACGAGGAGAAAAAAGAGCUGUGUGAGAGAAGCAACGCUUGCUUCAAGUGUCUCCGUAGGAAUCAUUACGCGAAGAAAUGCAGAUCUCGAGGCAUCAAGUGCGACAAGUGCAAGCGGAGCCAUUAUCCAGUAAUGUGCGAUGCGCGAGCGGAAGCCACUCAGCAGGUAAAAUCAUUCUCAGCGCAAUUAGCGUCCAGCGCGAGCGCACGCGAGGUGAAAUAUUUCCAGACCGGACUGCUGUGGGCAAACGGCGUAGAUCGUAGGCGUAUCUGUCGUUUCUUCUUAGACACGGGGGCAGAACGCUCAUACAUCUCUCAGCGCGCAGUUGAAUCUCUAGCCCUCAGAGCAUCGGGUCGCGAGAAUUUAGCUAUGAUUACGAUCGGCGGCGCGGUGUCGGAAUACAGGGCUUACGACGUAUAUCAUUUACGCCUUCGGAGUAGGUUCAACGACAGGGAUACAGUCCUUCUGACUCUAGUCGGUAUCCCGGAAAUAGCGAGAGGAGAGUUUCCAGUCCUGAGGGAAUCUUUCGGUCUCAAACCGUUGGCAGACGACGACAGCCCGUCGGGACUCGAGGUUGACAUUCUCAUUGGGCAGGAUUUCCUGGCGAGGAUCCUGCGCGGUGAGGAACGUGUUCUCGAGGACCGCAUCGUAGCGACCAGCACCAUAUUUGGUUGGGUCCUGGCGGGCAAGGGCACCGGCGGCAGGAGCGGAGUAGCAGAUACUUCAGCGUUCCUGACUUCAAACCUAUACCAGCCGGGAACGUUCGUCGGUUCGGAGGUAGUGAAUCUAACAUCGCUCGUGGCGAGGGAGGCUGAUUUGAUACGAACCCAACCGUCCAGCGGUCCAGAGAUGAGAGAAACAGUAGUUAGAAGUCCAGACGAGGAACUGGCAUCGGAUUUACAGAAUCUGUGGUCGACAGAGCUCUUAGGAUUUGAGCCUCAGUCGGACCUCAGGGACGCUGGAGAGAGCUCAGCUUUGAGAGACUUUUUUGAGAACAAUAUCAAGCGCCAGGACGACGGCCAUUACAUAGUCACGCGUAAUAACAGAGAACUUCUGAACUCGCUGGACGAGGAGAUGAAAAAAUACAUAGAGAGAGGUUACGCGGAAAUUGCUGAGCCGAAGAAACCGAAUGAGCUCGUCCACUAUCUCCCGCUCUUGCCAGUUAUCAAACGAAACUCGGAUGCGGAGAUUGUCAAAGUCAGAGUUGUCAAAGAUGCUGGAGCGCGAAGGAGAGACGAAGCGGCUCUCAACGACGUAUUGAUCUGUGGAGACAACUUAUUGCCCGAUGUCGUCCAAGUCCUCUUAAGGUUCAGGCAGGGCGAUAUCGCGAUAGUAUCAGACAUAGAGAAGGCGUUUCUGCAAUAUAAGAUCCACCCAGACCACAGAACCUUUCUGCGGUUCUUUUGGCCUCUGGGCAUCAGCAGAAACCCGCGGGCGCCCAUCCGAGAGUUCUGGAGCACAGUUUUGGACUUUGGAAUAAUUUCAAGUCCGUUCAUCCACUGCGCGGGAAUCAAGUACCACAUAGGUCAACUCAUAGAGCAACACCCCGAAAGAUCCAGUCUUCUGCGAGAUAUCGACCGGAACUUCUAUAUGGAUGACCUUGUGGCAUCAACGAAUUCGGUAUCGGAGGGUCGCGAGAUUUUCGAAUUCAUGUUUGACGCAUUCAGUGCGGGCGGUUUCAAACUCCGUCGGUGGGCGACAAACGAUUCAGUCUUAGCAGCCGAAAUGCGGAAAGCGGACAGAGACUCUGAUAUCCAAACCAUUAGCGACCAGCCUAGCGACUUCAAGUUCCUAGGUGUUAGCUGGAAUCAGCCCUUGGACAAUUUGUAUAUCGGCGUUCAGUCUGCAUUGGAUACUCUCAGCUCUAAUCCGCCGUCGAAGCGCACUCUGCUGAGAGGCACGGCACAGGUUUUCGAUCCACUCGGCUUUAUUUCACCCGUCACGAUUAAGGCAAAGACCUUAUUGCAGUCACUGUGGCGUCAGAAAAUUAACUGGGACGAUUUACUCGUCAGGGAAAAUUUAGAAUCAUUCGAGGACUUCACCAGCACGCUUGGAGAAGCGCGCUCUGUGUUGAUAAACAGAAACCUCCUCGCAUCUCGGCCAGUGACGAAGAGAGAGCUGCACGCGUUCUGCGCGACGCCUCGAUGGAAGCGUUCGGCACUGUUGUUUACAUUCGAGAGCUCUUGA